AUGCACUUCACGACCGUCGCCCUCGCGGCCCUGACCGCUACAUCUACAUAUGCUUCCCCCGUAGAAAAGCGCGCUGCCAAAGUCGACGAACUCGUCGGUUUCGCGGCAGGCACAACAGGAGGCGGAAGCGGCGCCGGCACCGUCGUGACUUCCUGCGCCGCCCUCACCACUGCCGCAAAGGCAGGCGGCGUGAUCAAAAUCUCCGGAAACCUGUCUGGCUGCGGCAUCGUCAAGCUCGUCAGCGACACAUCUGUUCUGGGCGUUGGCGCGAAUUCAGGUUUGACGGAUGGCGGCUUCCAAGUCCGCAAGGUCAGCAAUGUGAUCAUCAGGAACUUGAAGCUCUUCCGCGCGCCCCAGGGCAAGGACCUGAUUGACAUUGACGCCUCGACCAAAGUGUGGGUCGACCACUGUGACCUCUCCUCCGUCGGCCUGACCGGCGACAAAGACACAUACGACGGGCUGCUGGACGCAAAGCACGGCGCGGAUAUGCUGACGUUCUCCUGGAAUAAGUUUCACGACCACGUACGUGCUUCCCCUCUGACUCAUCCUUUGCUUUCUAGAUACACGACGCUGAUGGUAGUGCAGUGGAAAGGUUCCCUAAUCGGCCACUCGGACUCCAACGCCGCCGAAGACACGGGCAAACUGCAUGUAACAUACCACCACAACUCCUUCAACAAAGUGAACUCCCGGCUCCCUUCGAUCCGCUUCGGCACCGCGCACGUGUACAGCUCGUGCUACAACGGCGGCGUGUCGGGCGUGAAUUCGCGCAUGGGCGCGCAGGUGUUUGUAGAGAGCAACUCCUUCACAAAUGUUGCCAAAGCGGUGGUGACGAAUUUGGACAGCGACCAGGAGGGUUUUGCGACGGAGGAGAAGAAUCUGUUUACCGGGUGUGAGACGCAGAUUACGAAGAAGGGGACGUGGAAGCCGAGUUAUCAGUAUACCGCGGACGAGGCGGUGGGGGUGUGUGGGAUUGUGGAGAAGAGUGCGGGUGUCGGGGUCGUCACCUUUUAG